AUGGCAGCCUUCAAGUCGCAGAUGGGCGACUUCUCGGAUACCAUCCACGGUGUGGUGGUGUCGUCGUCUCUCAUAACGGGCGCCAUCUCGGCCUGCGUAGCCGGUAUCCUCGCUGACAAGUACGGCCGCAUCAAGAUGAUCUCCAUAGGCGCCUUCAUCGACGGCGUGGGAGCAGCCAUAGAAUGCGGGAGCCCGUCGAUCGGCGUCUUCAUCCUCGGACGGCUGAUCAAGGGGGCCGGCAACGGCCUGUUCCUCAGCGGAGUCUACGUGCAGGUCUCGGAGAUCUCGCCGUCCCGGCUGCGGGGUGUCCUGACCUCGCUUCCCCAGUUCACGAUCGUGUCGGCCAUCGUGAUCGGGUACUUUGUGUGCUACGGCACCGCCACCAUCGAGCACUCGUCGGCCUCCUGGCGCAUUCCUCUGGCCAUGGCCUCCGGCCUCGCCUUUUCCCUGGGCGCUCUGGUGCUCAUCGUCCCGCCAUCGCCGCGGUGGCUGCUCGCCAAGGGCGACAAGGACCGGGCACGGCACACCGUCCAGAGGCUGGGAUUCGACCGGCAGGAGCAGGAUGACCUUCUCGAACGGGAGCCCGAGGACCUGCAUCUGGAGCAGGAGCUCAGCGAGUCCUUCCUGGAGAGCCUGGUACACAUGCUUGGCGACUUCAAGGAGGCCUUCUCCAAGCCGUACCGCUCCCGGACCCUCUUCGGCUGCUUCAUCCUGGCCAUGCAGCAGCUCGCCGGUAUCGACGGCGUCCUCUACUACGCGCCCAUCCUCUUCCGACGGGCCGGCUUGAAAUCUUCCGAAGCCUCGUUCCUCGCCUCGGGUGUGUCGGCCAUCGUCAUCUUCGUCGCCACUUUCGUAGCCACCUUCAUGGCGGACCGGUGGGGCCGGCGGACGUCGUCGCUCGUCGGAGGCGUCUCCAUCACCACCGUCAUGGCGCUGAUGGGCGGCCUCUACGCCGGCAACCGAGUCCAUCCUGACAACGGAGUCGGGCGGUGGGUCGUCAUCGUGUGCAUCUACCUCUUCGCAUUCAUCUACAGCGCUACCUGGGCACUGUCAUUCCGCAUCUACCUGGUCGAGAGCCUGCCGCGGAAGACGAGGUCGAGCGCUUCUUCGCUCGCACAGAGUGCGAACUGGGUGGCAAACUACGUCGUUGCCCUCAUCACGCCUGUUCUUCUCUCGGCAUCCACGAGUGCGGCGUAUUUCCUCUUUGGCGGCAUGGCUCUGAUCGCCACCGUUGGCAUCGCCUUCUUCAUGGUCGAGACGAGGGGCGCUUCGUUGGAAGAGAUCGAGGACGCAUACAAUACGGCACGAUCGGCCGAGUCGGAGAAGAGGUCGCACACUGACUGCACCGUGACUCCUCUCGAGGCAUGA